AUGGCACUACUCUCAAACAAGGCUUAUUCUGGGAUUGAACUCCUAGACCUGCUCCUCGAGCCCCAUAAGGUCCGUCAUAUGGAGAGCAAUGGUGACCAUGGCAACCCCGCGUGGUCAAUCACAGAUCAAAGCAUUCUGUGUCAUGGUGAAGGUGUUGUUGAUAACUUCCUGGACUCCCUGUUGCAAGCGUCAGAUGGCGUGUCACAGCCCUGCUCUCCUCUCUGGGUCCUCUCACCCUCUGACAGCGGAAUCAGCGACGACCCCCACUCUGACCACCUGGACAGCCCGCCGCCGCCCGCCAGUCCGCUUUUUGACACUGUCUUCCUCCCUCAGCAUCCGCAUCUUCUUCCUCAGCAUCUUCAGCAGCAAGACGCACCUGUCACAAACACAGAGCCUGAUACCUCCAUUGAUCAGGAUUGGGAGGCCUGUCUGUUCUCUGAAGGUCUGACAGACUCUCAGUGCACAUCAGCAGUGCCGAGAACUCAACCAGCCACCGUUUACCAGCUCACCGUGAAAGACCUGCUGCUCUCCAACAUCGGAGAAGCUUGUGAAACAUACAGCUAG